AUGGCCGUUGUUGAUUUUCGUCUUGUCCUUGGUAACUCGUUUCUUUUCCCGGGUUGCCGUCUUCCUCUUCCUCCUCCUUUUCCUGUCCCCACCCCUCCGCGGGUCUUCGGAGCCCCCCGAUUUCUCCGUCUCCCUGAUACCUGGGAUGCCAAUGAGGCACAUGAGUGA